CCGCCCCUCGAGACGACCGGGAAAGUCGCUUCAAACCGAGCAGCACGCUGUAGACGCAACAGACGAUCUGGUGUCCACCUGUAGGGAAGAACCGCUGUCAGAGAUAUAUCUUACAACACUUUCGUUUCCUUCUCACAGGAUUUAAGGAUAGUGAACUCAACAGCAGUUAUAUUUAACGUUCAUUAAAUAUUUCAAGAGUGGAUUUUUGAUGUUUGUAGACUACUAUUUCAAAGCCUACAAGCAAUGCACUUAAUUUCCACUUUUCAAGAGGAAACUGUUGAUAUAACUUGUCUCAGACGUUGAAGGAAAGUGCUGAGUGCGGUUACUUAAUGCUGGAUGAACAGGUGGCGCGAGCUCCGGUUACCGUCAAGUAUUUAUCAUUAGAGAGGGCAGGAUACCAGCAGAAAGGACUUACUUCAAAUGUCCGUUACUUAGACAGCUGACCGAAUUCAAGCUUUCAGUGAGGGCAGUAGCCGGUGACUAAACUUCUUAUUCCGUGAAAGCAGAAAGGAGUUUGACAUAGGCAGCAUGCCAGCCGCCGACAGCGACAUGGUGAUAGACAGUCCCCGGUUAUACGGGUUGAAAGAAUCCUCUACCGGGAAUGAAAACAUCAUUCCGGCGUCCCUCGGCAGCCCUGCCGCUGACAUUCUCCGGAACUUUUAUCACACCAAGAGGGUCGGGAACUAUCUUAUCGGAAGGAAACUGGGAGAAGGAUCUUUCGCUAAAGUUCGAGAGGGUCUUCACGCAAAGACAGGAGAGAAGGUGGCGGUGAAGGUGAUAGACAAGCGCAAGGCCAAGAAGGACUCGUACGUGACCAAGAACCUGCGUCGUGAGGGCCACAUCCAGCAGAUGAUCCGCCACCCCAACAUCACCCAGCUGCUGGACAUCCUGGAGACGGAGAACAGCUACUACCUGGUGAUGGAGCUGUGCCCGGGGGGGAACCUGAUGAACCGCAUCUACGACCAGAAGCGCCUGGACGAGAGGGAGACCCAGAAGUACGUCCGGCAGCUGGUCAUGGCGGUGGAGCACCUGCACAGAGCGGGGGUGGUGCACAGAGAUCUGAAGAUUGAAAACCUUCUGUUGGAUGAGCAGGACAAUAUAAAGCUCAUAGAUUUUGGGCUGAGUAACUGUGCAGGCAUCCUGGGUUACUCCGACCCCUUCAGCACCCAGUGCGGCAGCCCGGCCUACGCCGCCCCAGAGCUGCUGUCCAGGAAGAAGUACGGGCCCAAGGUGGACGUGUGGUCCAUUGGAGUGAACAUGUAUGCCAUGCUGACCGGCACCCUGCCCUUCACUGUGGAGCCCUUCAGCCUGAGAGCUCUCCACCAGAAGAUGGUGGACAAGGAAAUGAACCCUCUCCCUCCGUCUCUCUCAACAGCUGCUAUCUGUCUUCUGAAGAAGCUUCUGGAACCGGACCCGGCCAAAAGACCCAACAUCCACCAGGUGAUGGCUGACUCUUGGCUUCAACUGGCCAACACACACACAGGAGCCCCUUACCUCAACAGAAUCCACAUCGAGGAGAUCAACCACAUGGUCCUCCUCCAUAUGACUGAGAGCAUGGGCUACAAGCACAGCGAGGUGCUGAGCGCCGUGCUCACCAACCGCGCCUGCCACACCCUGGCCGUCUACUUCCUGCUCAACAACAAGAUGAAGAGGCUCUCCAAGGAGUAUAGGGAGAUGCAGUACCAGGAGAAGAAGAGCGACCGGAGCGAGUACUUCCAGACCCAGUGGAGGAAGCACGUGGACAAGGUCACCAUCCCCCCCAAGCAGACCCCCGUCUACCUGGCCGUCAGCAAGGGCCCCAGCAAGGAGAAGAAACACAGGACCGGUAUACUGAGAGCCAUGACAGGCGGCCAUCGAAACUCCCCUCUGGCGCCCUCCGGCACCGUGGCGUCCUCCUCCAUGGAGUACCUGGAGAUCCACCCCCUCUUCCCCCACGCCAAACCCAUCCGCCGCCUGGGCACCCUCCAGCCGGCCAACACCAGCCCCGAGCACUCCAUCCCCGCCCCCCCGGCCCCUUCGCCCAUCGGCAUGCACUCCUACGACUCCCUGGCCAAAGCCGAGCCCGUCGAGGACACCCCGUCAUCCCCCUGGUACAAGCUGACCAACGGCACCUUCUCCCCCCCCCGCCACGUUUCCGCCUUCCACCCGGACUCGUCCUACCUGAAGAAGGCCACCAUCCCCAGCCCGCCGGUCCUCAUCGUCAACCCCCAGCCCAAGAAGAGCUCCUCCACCUCGGACUGGUCCGACACCAGCGGCAGCCCCCCCAGCUGCGUGGGCAGCCCCCCGGGAGGCCUGUCUGCCUUCAGCCCCCCCAAGUCCGCCUUCAGCCCCCUGAACCCAAUGUCGGCGUUCAGCCCUCCCUCCAGCGGGGGCGGCAGUGAGCCGGACAGCCCUCAGCACCGCAGCAAGUUCCCCUACAUGGGCAUCGGCCAGAUCCUGAAGAAGAAGGUGCAGCCGUUCACGUUCAGGGCGGAGCAGGCGGUGGAGGAGGUGGUGUCCCCGCCCCCGUACCCCAUGCAGACGCUGCUGUGUGCUUCAGGGGCCUUAAAGACGCUCUGCUGAGGCAUGAUGGGGAAAAAAAAGAAAAAAAAAAGACCGUAGCGUUCACGUUCACUCCCUCGGAGGAGUGGUCUUCCUGAGUGGCCUUGCGAACUUUGACCUCUCUCCUCUAACGAACAAGUUACCGUCACAACACUUGACACACACAAGUCACCUCUACGUUUAUACUGACAAUUUAAAACAAAAAAAACUACAAAGAAACUUACAAAAAAAAUGUUUUUAUGAAAGGCUGCAUUUAUAUCAACAAAAGCCUUGAUUUUGAUUGAUUGGAUGUUUCCUCUGCCCCUGCUGUCUGUGAUUGGAUGUUUCCUCUGACCCUGCCCCGUGUCUCUGUCUGCGAGGUGACCGGCUGAGUGACAUUGAGAUGAUGAGAUUGAACAUGCUCCACCGAGCGGGCUUGUAAAGACCCUACACACACACACACACACACAGCGAUUUAACCUACCAAUGCCCUAGAAACAGCAUUGAGACAGUGUCCCAAACAGGGCUUAAGGUACAACACACACACAGACACACACACACACUGACGACAUUGUAAUAUAGAAUCUCUCUUUCGUAAAGUUGCUGUCUUCUUAUGAACUAAUGUAGAGAUUUGCACUAGACUGCUCUUGGUUGAGAACACUUAUCUAAGGAACUCUCUCCCACAGAUUUUUUUUAAGGAACUCGCUUCUAAGGAACUUUUUUACUGUUUCCCUGUGAUGCAAUCUGACCACGUACCAAACAUGCAACAGUUUAUGACUUCCACAGAACCUCUGUCACGUCUCUACCGCAACAGGCUGACUAAUGCGGAGGUUUUAUUUUUGAACAUUUCUCUCACAGUCACAGCUGGGUAAUUCCAGUCCCUGUCGGUCUGGCUCGUUCCACUUGUGUAGAGACAGAAAAGGUUUCGAGAAAGUUUCGAUCCCUCAUCUCUCAAGUCCCAUUUUAAUAUCAACCACGAAUUCGCUCAAACUCGGAUCCGUUUAGCCGGUUGCGAGCCAGAACGUUUACCACACCUGCGAGUUGCAGUUCUUGUCGAUAACCCAGUUAUGUAUCUACACAUCCACAUAACCAUAUCUGGUUUCUCCGUGUGUGGCAGUGUUUUGAUAAUGUCUAGCUAAGUAUCGGUUACAUGGUUCAACAUUCUACCUGGACAGACAGACAAAAAAAAAACUAAUCUCACGUGUCUAAACAGU